ACGAAGGGUGAGUGGAGGGAAUUGGAAAAAAGUUGGAAAGAAAUCCUUCGCGAGAGAGCAUGGAAUCUAACCUGCCUCCCCACUGUCAUCACAAACAAACUUCAAAAACCGUGCUCCAUCCAAAAAUAAACAUAAUUAAAAACAAAAAGCACCGCACAACGUAAAACGAACCUUACCUUACCUUCUCUCUUCGAAACGCUGAUCACAGUCUGUGUUCAUCCACAUUCCGCGCGCGCAUCACCCGAGAUGAGAAGAUGAUGACGACGCCGUUUCAGCAACCGCCCCAAACCGUACGGAGACUGGUCGUGGAAGUGGUGGACGCGCGCAACCUGCUCCCCAAGGAUGGGCAAGGCAGCUCCAGCCCUUACGUGGUGGCGGACUUCGACGGCCAGAGGAAGCGAACCACGACCCGGUUCAAGGAGCUGAACCCGGUCUGGAACGAGCCUUUGGAGUUCAUCGUCUCCGACCCAGAGAACAUGGAGUUCGAGGAGCUCGAAGUGGAGGUGUACAAUGACAAGAAGUUCGGCAACGGAAGCGGCCGCAAGAACCACUUCCUCGGGAGGGUUAAGCUCUACGGAACUCAGUUUUCAAGAAGAGGCGAAGAAGCUCUUGUUUACUACACGCUCGAGAAGAGAAGCGUGUUCAGUUGGAUAAGAGGAGAAAUUGGCCUCAGGAUUUAUUACUACGACGAGAUGCUUAUGGAAGAGGAGAAACCGCCGCCGCCGCCGCAGCAGCAGCAGCAGCAGCAGGAGGAGCAAGGUGAGAGAACGGAACAAGACCGGAACAAGCCGCCGCCGGGGGUGGUGGUUGUCGAGGAGGGACGGGUUUUCGAGGCUCCUGGAGCGAUGGAGCAAUGCGUGCCUCUUCCUUCAGGUCCUCCUCAUUCGCCGCGUGUUGUGGUCGUGGCUGAAUCUCCGCCGCCGGUGGUUCAUGUUUCGCAGGAUCCGCCGUUGGCGGAAAUGUGUGAGCCUCCGGCGUCGGAAAUGCAGUUCCACCCCGAGGUGAGGAAAAUGCAGGCCAACAGAGGGAAUAGGGUGAAGAUUUUGAAGCGGCCGAACGGUGAUUACUUGCCUAAAGAUAUUUCUGGAAAGAAAACUGGUAAUGAGUCUGAGCGAGUUCAUCCCUUCGAUCUGGUGGAGCCGAUGCAGUACCUGUUUGUGAAAAUCUGGAAGGCCCGUGGGCUCGCUCCUCCCAGUGAAGGCCCAAUCGUGAGGGUUAGGAUGUCGAGCCAAUCCAGGAGAUCCAAUCCCGCAAGUUACAGGCCCAGCGAGCCCCCCGAUUCGCCGGAAUGGAACCAGACAUUCGCGCUGAGUUACAACAACACGAACGAUGCAAACAGCGCCACACUGGAGAUUUCGGUUUGGGAUUCCCCGACAGAGAAUUUCCUCGGUGGCGUUUGCUUCGACCUCUCCGACGUUCCGGUGAGAGAUCCUCCGGACAGUCCCUUGGCGCCGCAAUGGUACCGCCUCGAAGGAGGAACCGCCGAUCAGAAUCCCGGGAGAGUCUCCGGUGACAUUCAGCUUUCCGUGUGGAUCGGGACGCAAUCCGACGACGCGUUCCCGGAAGCGUGGAUCUCAGACGCACCCUACGUGGCUCACACUCGAUCCAAGGUUUAUCAAUCGCCAAAGCUCUGGUACCUGCGCGUGACGGUGGUGGAAGCGCAAGACCUGAAUAUUGCUCCGAAUCUGCCUCCACUGACAGCGCCGGAAGUGAGGGUGAAGGUGGAAUUAGGGUUCCAAUCGCAGCGAACAAGGAGAGGAUCCAUGAACCACCGCAGCUUAUCGUUCCACUGGAACGAGGACCUUCUAUUCGUAGCCGGUGAGCCACUGGAAGAUUCUGUCAUAGUUCUGUUGGAAGAUCGAACCACCAAGGAACCGGCGCUGCUAGGCCACAUCGUGAUUCCUCUGAGCUCAAUCGAGCAGCGAAUCGACGAGCGCCACGUGGCAGCAAAAUGGUACACCUUAGAGGGCGGGCCCUACUGCGGCAGAGUCCAGAUGCGCCUCUGCCUGGAGGGAGGGUACCACGUGCUGGACGAAGCGGCGCACGUGUGCAGCGACUUCCGUCCCACGGCGAAACAGUUAUGGAAGCCGGCGGUGGGGAUUCUAGAGCUUGGAAUUCUUGGCGCUCGGGGGCUGCUACCGAUGAAAUCCAAAGGCGGUGGAAAGGGGUCCACGGAUGCUUACUGCGUGGCAAAGUAUGGGAAGAAGUGGGUCCGGACCCGAACCGUAACCGAUACCUUCGAUCCACGGUGGAACGAGCAGUACACGUGGCAGGUAUACGACCCCUGCACGGUCCUCACCGUGGGAGUGUUCGACAACUGGCGCAUGUUCGCUGACGUGUCGGAGGACCACAGGCCCGAUUGCCGCAUCGGCAAGGUACGCAUACGCGUGUCUACGCUGGAGAGCAACAGAAUAUACACUAACUCCUACCCCCUCCUCGUCCUCACGCGAACCGGCUUGAAAAAAAUGGGCGAAAUCGAAUUAGCGGUUCGCUUCGCCUGCCCCUCCCUGCUGCCCGACACGUGUGCGGUGUACGCCCAGCCCCUGCUUCCGCGUAUGCACUACCUCCGCCCGCUCGGGGUGGCGCAGCAGGAGGCUCUCCGCGGCGCCUCCACGAAGAUGGUGGCGCAGUGGCUGGCUCGCUCGGAGCCGCCGCUGGGGCACGAGGUGGUUCGGUACAUGCUGGACGCAGACUCGCACGUGUGGAGCAUGAGGAAGAGCAAAGCCAAUUGGUUCAGAAUCGUGGCGGUGUUGGCUUGGGCGGUUGGACUGGCAAAAUGGUUAGAUGACAUAAGAAGGUGGAAGAAUCCAGUUACCACAGUGCUACUCCACAUUCUUUACUUAGUCCUCGUUUGGUAUCCGGAUUUGAUUGUUCCCACCGCCUUCUUAUAUGUUGUUUUAAUCGGAAUAUGGUAUUACCGGUUCAGACCCAAGAUUCCGGCCGGGAUGGAUACCCGCUUGUCGCAGGCCGAAGCGGUUGAUCCGGACGAGCUGGACGAGGAAUUCGACACCAUGCCAAGUUCCAAACCACCCGAUGUAAUUCGAAUGCGAUAUGAUAGGUUAAGAAUGCUGGCUGCAAGGGUGCAAACAGUGUUGGGUGAUUUUGCCACACAGGGUGAGAGGCUUCAAGCAUUGGUUAGUUGGAGGGACCCUAGGGCUACAAAAUUGUUCAUUGGAGUCUGCCUUACCAUAACUGUAGCACUCUAUGCUAUGCCACCAAAAAUGGUGGCGGUGGCGUUAGGCUUUUAUUACCUCCGCCACCCCAUGUUCCGGAACCCAAUGCCCUCCGCCACGUUGAACUUUUUCCGGCGACUUCCCAGCCUCUCGGAUCGCUUGAUGUAGAUUAUUCAAAAUCCAACCACUAGUUUUUUUUUUUUUUAUGACAGUUUAAAUUUUUUUUGGGGAUGAAAAUUAUUAUUUUUACUUUACUGAUGAGGGUGUGGAAAGGAGCAGAGAGCUGUUUCGUAGGGAUAGUGUUUGAAAAAGGUGUCCUGCUCGGAGGGAAAAAGGGGUGGAAAGUGGCUAGUUGUCAUCAUUUCUUUCUUUUUUGUUGCAAUCAAAUUGAUUGACUGUGGGUGGCCACUGUUGAAAACUCGAAAUAAGAGAAAGAGACAAACAUGGUGGGAGAAAUUUUGGGUACUACUUCUGGCUUGACUCUUCCGUGCUGGUGGGGAUUUUUCUGUGUGAACAUGUUUGGGAAGCCAUAAAAUAUUGCCUUUUCUCUCUCUCUCUCUCUCUCUCGCACAUUUUAAAAUUUAGAAGAAUACAUUGCAUCAACAGCUCCUAUGCUGUUUGUUUCCUAUGUUGUCUAAUUUCAAUUUUAAUUAGCACUGUCCACAUUUUGGAAUCGCAUGA